AACAAUCUAGACUAUGUUUAUGCCUGUAUGUGUUAAUCCUGGUACCAUUCCAUCCUGAUUGCACUAAUGCAUCUGAUUUGAUGGUGUAUACGUCGUUGAACAAGUGGCAAUACUGAUUGCUGCUAUUGCACUAAUUUGUUGUGUAUCAUGACCAUCCCAUCCUUAUUGCUGCUAUUUCACAUGAUUUGAUGCUGCAUUUCUCAGGUCUCUGUUUGGUUCAGUACUGCCAUGGUUAGUUAAAUGUUGGAGCAGCUUGUGAGUGUUCAGUCAAGUCCAACUUUGAAUGCUUAGUUCAAGUAUUUUGCUAGGUUCUGAACUUGUAGAGAAGCAAUCCUGGACUAAUAAUUGAUUUGAACUUUGUUUAGCCACUUUUACUUCAUUGUUGCAUGCGUAGAGUUGAUGGUAUCGUAGUGUUUCAUGGGUUUGGUGCUGGUCCAUCUGUCGAGUGCAUAGCUUUAGAUAUCUUUUCGUUGUCCAAUAUGACUAUGGUUCUGCUUCUGGUGGUCUAUUCUAUAUUGAAAUAAACAGAUGAAUUUGACCGAGUCCAUCUCUGCAUAUUUGCUUGAUUGAUUCAGUAUACGUAUAUCGCCAUGCAUCUGUGGUUCAAGGGUUUUGCUAGGUUCUGAAUUAGGAGUGGCAAGCAAUCUUGGGCUAGUAAUAAGUAACUAUGUUUAGCCAUUUGUACUUUAUUGUUGAUGUCAUAGAGUUGUCUUUGUCCAUUGUUUGUUAGUUCAGCCUUUUUUAAUGUUGGUUUGCUGGCGGUUGCUAUGUCGUAUGGCAUUAGCUCCAUGUCUGUUUCCAAUUGUGCUGGCUCUGCUUCUCGUGAUAUAUACUGAAAAAAACAGAGACCAACUGCAUCACCAGUCAAUUUUGAUUUGGAAUUAGCAAUGUGCUUCUGCCUUGAAUGAUGUUCUGCUUUUUACGUCUCGUCUUUUCUGUUAUUAAUGCAACCAGUCAUGCCAUGUAAUGCCAUUGGCAUUAAGUCCUUUCUUGAGAUCUUGAAAAAUGCAGAGCCUACCGAAGUUAAAUCAACAAAUCUGAUUGGUCGGGAGUCUGUCCCUUCAGUAUUGGCAUGUCCAGUUAAGUGUCGGAGCAGCUAGUGCGUGAUUGAUUUGAGUCCUCUCUGCAUGUUUUGGUUGAUUGGUUCAGUAUACGUCACCGUGCUUGUGUGGUUAAAGUGUUUUGAUCGAGGGAGUGACAAGCAUUAUUGGUCUAAUAAUUUAUAACUAUGUUUUGCCACUUGUACAUUAUUGGUGCAUGCCGUGGAGUUGCUGUUAUCGAUUGUUUGAUAGUUCAGCCUUUUAAAUGUUAUCUGGUGACGGUUGCUAUGUCAGAUGCCAUUAGAUUCCUUAUCUGUUUCCGAUAGGCCUGUCUCUGUUUCUGAUGGUACAUUAUGCUGAAACAAACUUAGAUGAACUAUCAGUUUUGAUCUGGAAUCAGUAGUCUGUUUAGAUUCCUUAUCUGUUUUGAAUAGGCCUGUCUAUGUUUAGCCACUUGUACUUUAUUGCUGCUUCUAUAGAGUUUCUUCUGGUGGGUUAAGCCUUAAAUGACGUUCUGCUUGUUACUUCUUGCCUUUGCUGUUAUUAAUACAACAAGCCAUGUCAUGUAAUGCCGUCAGCAGUAAGUCCUUCAUUCAUAUGCUGAGAAAUUUAAAACUUAUACUUAAGUGAAGCAAAGUUAGUGUCAACAACUCUUCACGGUCAUGAAUGUCCAAUUCAGAGUUGUGUUAUUUCAUAUGGCUGACUGCACCUUUGGUACUGGCAUGUCAAGAGAAGUGUUCUAUGCUGCCCAUUGCAUCAUUUCCUUGAUUUUUCAGAUAGUGCCCAAACCAGCCGAUCUUAAAAUUCCAAGAUUCUAUAUAUCACUCCUGGCUCCAAAUAUUAUUUCAACAUUUUAUAUAUAAUUCCUAAUGUGGCUGUUUAUUUCAUUAAGAUUGUUGAACAACUGUUGCCAGGAUGUUUUGUCGUCACUUGUCAUGUUAAUCGUUGGUUUAAUUUUAUCAAAUAACCCCAAUGUAUUUUCAUAAAGCAUGCUGAGUGUAUGUUCUGCACCUGCACAUGGGAAUACAGUAUUGACUAAUAAGUACUCCCUCCGUUUCUAAAUAUAAGUCUUUUAAAAAAAUUCAUUAGGAGUCUACGUACAAAGCAAAAUAGAUGAAUCUACACUGUGUAAAGUAUGUCUAUAUACAUCUGUAUGUAGUCCACCUGUGAAACCUGUAGAAAGACUUAUAUUUAGGAACGGAGGGAGUAUGUGUCAAAUUUCUUGAUAUUUUGUGAAUUAAGAGACAAAAUAGUAGUGGUAUUACUAUCCAAUAACAACUGUAGGACAGGCGCACUAUACCUGAUUAUGUACUGUAGCAGUGUGAAAAAAUGUAAAAGGCCAUGGGUACCGGUACUAGAGAAGCAUGGUCGCUGUUGGCCAAACACACCUACAUGGUACAGUACUGAGUUACUCCCUCUCUGAACCCACCUAGUUGGCAGAUUGCCACAAGUGUGUUACAUGCUACUCAUAGUAGGGAGUAUCAUAUAGUAAUAUCAUGCACAUGAUACUAUGGUAUGAUACUACUCUCAUAGUGCAUAGUAUCAUAAACUAGUGUCAUAGAUGGUCUCAUUUAUUGAUAUGCAUGACACUUAGUAGCAUAGCAUUUAACAUUGAUACGGUAUCUUACCUAUGUUACUCUAACCCUCUCUCUCUAGAUGUGCUCCGCCCACCACUGGGAAUUCCUUCUACCUCCUUCUCUAGAUGCAUUCUGAAGAAUCCAGGACUUACCCUCUCUUUUGUUGUAUCCUAGGGUUCUGUUUAUAUAUAAUAUGAGGAAACGUUGAUGUUUCCGUGUCAAUAGUGGGUUGUGGUAUCUGUAUAUGCUCAUUCACCCUCCCUCUUCAUUAAUCUUGUUCAAUUUUGCUUCUUCUAGAUGUCAAAGCUCAAGCAAGAUGUAUUUGAUAAGGCACAUGAAAUGGCACUGGCUGCUACCACCAGAAAGAGGCCUACCCAGCGCUCCUAUAACGAUCUUGAUAAGGUUAAAAUCACCUCCAGGCCUACUGCACUGCAACUGCUGCACAUGUACAAGGAUAUCCACAACUUAUUUGUUAAAUAUAGUGCUGCUUUGGUUCCCCGGAAUGUGUGUUUUGCACAGCCUGUGGGAGGAAUACCGUCAACGUUCAAAGAAGAGCUUCUUGAUGGAGUUCCUGUUGCAAUACCUUAUGAUAAGCAGAAUUUGUGCUUUUUUAUCAUUGAGGUUGUCAUUGACAAGGAUGUGGUUUUUCAAUUCCCAAUGCGUUUCGAUAGCAUGUACUGCUGUGGUUUCCGUGUUCUUGAGCUUGGUGAUGAUCCACUGGAAAAGAUCUGGUAUUCAUUCGGGAAAGUUCAAAUCCUUCCGAACAGACUUUUCAAAAACAGGAAGAAAUCUGAAGCCCCGCGCAGGUGCAGGAGCUCGUCGGAGUCAAAAGCAACGAGCGGGAGGGGCGGCGGUGGUCGAAGUGUAAGCGGGAGGGCGAGACACUCGGGCGAGCUGGCGGCGGAAAGCGGCAGCGGCAGGAACCCGCCGCCUGGCCACCGGCGCUCCGGAUCUGGGCCGCUGAUUUUCUCCGGGGGCGGCGGGAGCACAGCGAGCUCACCGCUCAUCAAUGCGCUCCCCGCCGACAACAUCUGCUCGUCUGGCCGCGUCGUGCCGGCGCCCCCGCACCCCGUACGGCCACAACACCAUCAUGCGGGGCGGCAUGGCGCCCGCGAGGAGGCCGUCCGGCUCGACCCGGCCAGCGGCCGCGCCCACGGAUGCCUCGCCGCGCUCUGCCUCCGAAAGAUUGCAUCAUGCCGCAAAGACUGGAAGAGUGCGCUGAGGGAAGCAGACGCCGCCAUUGCCAACGGAGUAGACUCCUCUCAGCUGCACCUUGCCAUGAGGUCUGAAGUGCUUCUCCGGCUCAACAAACUAGAGGAGGCCGAUUCGACUAUUACGGGUUUGCUGAAAUUGGACAGUGCUGGGAGGUGAAGAAGCAUCUCUGAAUUAUUUUUUCUUCAGAGGAUACAUCACAACAACAGCUUAGUGCUGGA